UUUCUAAAUUUUCCAUUGCUGCUUGUAAAAUAUGUUUUAUUAUGUUCGAUGAUGCUUACAGAAUCAUAUCUGGUACCAGAAGGCACAACGGUGCAUUUCUUUAUUUACAAUCUUCAUCAUAAUCCUAAUAUUUGGCCAAAUCCGGAGGUAUUUGAUCCAGAUAGAUUCUUACCAGAGAAUAUAAGGAAUCGUCAUCCUUAUUCCUAUUUACCCUUCAGCGCAGGACCACGAAAUUGCAUAGGUCAACGAUUCGCCAUGUUGGAGAUGAAGGUCCUAAUAGCUCCUCUUGUGCACAACUUCCACUUAGAGCCUGUUGAUUAUUUAAAACAUGUCUCGAUGAAAACGGAUUUUAUACUAGGUGCUGCACGUCCGAUUCGCAUGAAAGUCAUUCCAAUCAAACGCGCGUAG